AUGGAAUCGUUGUUUGCUGAUAUUGAGAAGAUACUAGAGUUGCAAUCUGUGUCCAAGAGCAUCUAUAGGAGUAAAAGGCUAGGUAUACCUCCAGUAGGAUCAAGAGGAACUUUUGGGGGGAUUCUGCUAGGACAGUCGUUACUGGCUGCUAUGUACACUGUGCCUACCACAUUUGUACCUAGUUCGCUGCACUGCUAUUUCGUUAAUGGAGGUGAUCCCACCGUUUUAUUGCAAUAUGAAGUUGAGGACAUACGUAGAGGCAAAUCUUUUCUUCACCAACAAGUCAAGGCAUACCAAGCUGAUAAAUUGGUUUCCAUAGUGGCGGUUCUUUGGUCUCUCGAGAAACAGGUGAGUAAAGAUGCUUUGCACUAUUUCAAGACCUUGGAGCAGGACGAGUUUCCGCCAAUGGAUCGGUUUGAAGAUGCAGGUCCCCUGUAUAGAAGGACUGUUAUUGAGACAAAUGGAUUGAAAAGAUUGGAUGAUGAUCUACCAUCAUUUAGAAACUUCAAGUUGAGAGACACUUUUUUAGACAGUUUCUUCAACGGUUGUGUGGACCAUCGUUUCCCCACAGACUUCUUUCACUCUCAUGGCGCUAAGAAGAAGCUAGACUACUACGUUAGAAUUAGAGAUCUAAUUACGAACACUGGAAGAAAUGAAGCGCCACAAGUGAGCGUAAAUCCACGGAAUGAUUUCCGCUAUAACUACGUGGCAUUUUGUUAUCUUUCAGACUCUUAUUUCAUCUUUACUGUACCCAACUUUCAUGGAUUACCGCUGUUCACCUAUAAGUUUAGCGUAAGUUUAGACCAUUCAAUUCAUUUCCACGGUGUACCAGAAGUUAAUGGAUGGAUGUACAUGCGAAUUCAUAAUCCAAGAUCUUAUAAGGACAAACAUUUGGUUCAAGGUGAAUAUUUUAAUGCAGAGACUGGUCAAAUUGUUGCAUCAACUUCACAAGAAGGCUUAACAGUCUACCACAGUGAGAAAAAGAUCAGAGAAAUGAUAAGACCAAAACUUUAA